ACAAUUAUAACAACCGAACACAAGCUACCUAGCUGACGACUGUUACUGUACACCGAGUAAAGUUAUAUGGUGUUAGAGGUGACAAUACCAAUUAACAGUUUUAGUAUUUAUGCCUUGGAGGCGGCCAGUCAUGUAGGAGAUCCUGAGGUCAAAGAACAACUGGAACAAGUCAAGUCGUUGAGUCGUUGACGUUAUAAUGUUAUUACAGCAAUUUCAACCUGUCUACUCACAAAGCUUCCUAAUGGAAGACCCUUCGGAUCUCUUGCCAAUAUCAUUGAGGAACCUCGAGUAAGCCAUCCUGCAAGUAGAAAUAUAUCAAGGAAUUAACUGACAAUUGACUUGCAUCUUUCAAGAGCCAAGAUGUUUCGACAAUGUGCACAUGCUGGUGCAGCUGUAGUCAGCAGGACACUUCAAGAGCAGGCAGCUUGGAAAGUGUUUGUUACUUCGCAUCCCAGACCAAAAUACUCUGUAUGCAGACAAGAAUACAGAUUUAAAACAAAUUUGUCAUCCAGCACAAGAUCUUUUGCCACCUUACCAUUGGAGGCACAAGUUGUAGUUUGUGGAGCUGGUGUGGUUGGUAACAGCAUUGCAUAUCAUCUGACUCGUGAAGGUUGGACUGAUGUUGUUGUGCUGGAACAAAAUGAGAUAGGAUCUGGGACAUCUCACAACGGCUCAGGUGUCUUGGGAGUGUUCAAACCAUCAGCAGAGAGGCAGAUUGUUACCUACUCUGUCAAUCUAAUUAAAAAACUCCAGGAUGAGGGUUAUAAUUUAGGUUUCACCCAGUGUGGUAGUUUAAACCUGGCCCAGACGAGGGAGAGAGCCAUUGCUCUCAAGCGUAGGCUUGCUUACACAAAACCAUCAGGCCUAGAAUGUGAGUGGUUGGACCGUCACGAAAUCAAACGUCGACACCCGCACCUUUACACUGCUGACCUGGAAGGUGGUGUUUGGGUACCAGGUGAUGCAGUGGCUGACCCUUUUGCUGUGUGUGUCACUCUGGCUUCACUUGCACAGAGACAAGGUGCCUUAUAUGUGGAAAACUGCUCUGUAGAACGUAUAGUGACAGAUGAAGUACCACACUCACAGAUUGUCCCAAGAGUCACAUAUAUUGAAACCUCCCAGGGUACCAUCCAUUGUGAAUAUUUUGUCAACACUUCUGGAAUGUGGGCUCGCAAGUUGGGAGAAAAGAGUUCACCAAAAGUCCGCAUUCCAGUUUUUCCAGCUGAGCACUUCUAUUUGCAUACAAAGCCAGUAUUGGAGGCAUUAGAGGAGCUACCAGUUGUUCGAGAUUACGAUUCACACACGUUUUGCCUCACACGCAACCAGCAGUAUAUUGUGGGAGGCUUCGAGCACGAGGCCAAGCCAGCAUUUGAGAAUGGCAUUCCUCACAACUGGAGGGAAUCUUUGAAAGGAGAUGAUGAACACUUCAGACCCAUUUGUGAGGCAGCAGAGCACCGCUUCCCCAUAUUGAAAGAUUUUCAGUAUCAGCCUCUAGUCAAUGCACCAGACAACUUUACACCUGAUGGAAAGUGGAUUUUGGGAGAAACACCCGAGAUUGAUAAUUAUUUUGUGGCAGUUGGAAUGAAUGGCAACAGUUUACAAGGUGCCGGGGGUGCCGGGCAGGCUAUAGCAGAGUGGAUUAUGUAUGGUUCAUUAGCGACAGAAAUGUUGCCUUUUGAUGUAAGACGCUUCAUCGAUCUUCACAAUAAUCGACGCUACCUUAAAGAAAGGACGAGGGAAGUGGUGGGCAGGCACUAUGAAAUUCUAUAUCCAAUGCAGUGUGAGUACAGAUUGGCAAGAAAGUUACGAUGUUCCCCCAUCUAUAGUGAACAGGAAGCUCGAGGGGCUGUUUUUGGAACUCGCAUGGGCUUUGAACGACCUUUAUAUUUUGACAAUACACACAGUAAAACAGAUAUGCCAGCACAAAUGCCAGCUGGUUCCUUUAGAAAACCGUUUUUCAUGGAUUGUGUUCGUGAGGAAUACCAGGCAUGUAGAGAAGGUGUGGGUAUCAUUGAUCUGUCGUCCUUUACAAAAAUUAAAGUUACGUCAGCAGGACUAGAUAAAAAUAAGCAGUUUGAUGCAGAUGAAAUGAAGUCUGCAGGGAAUCAGGUGGUUGAAUAUAUGCAGAAACUUUGCAGCAAUGAUGUCAACAUGCCAGUUGGUGGAGUAAUUCAUAGUGGCAUGCAGAAUGAGCGUGGAGGCUUUGAGAAUGAUUGUCUCCUUAUACGCCGAACAGAUAACAGCUACUUGAUGUUAGCCCCCACAACUCAGCAGACCCGCAUCAUGGACUGGAUGAGACGACAGAUCACAGCUGAAGCUUGUGUGUCUGUGUCAGAUGUGACGUCUAUGUACUCUGUGCUUAGCGUUGUGGGGCCAAAAUCAAGAGAAAUGUUGUCCCUAAUGUGCAAUAAUAAUCUUGUGUUUUAUGGACAUAUGGCAAAGGAAAUCAAUGUAGCCUAUGCAUCAGGAGUGAUUGUGCUGUCAUUUACACACAUGGGAGAACCUGGCUAUACCUUGCUCAUCCCUGCAGAAUAUACUCUCCACAUCUAUAAUCAACUCAUGAAGAUUGGACAUGAUUAUGGUAUUCGCAAUGUGGGUAUGUUGACUAUGCGUUCAUUACGUGUUGAAAAAUUUAUUCCAUUCUGGGCAGAAGAACUGGACUCUACCACAACCCCAUAUGAAGUGGGUCGUGGUUAUAAAGUCAAACUUAAUAAAGAAUAUUUCAUUGGCAAAUUUGCCCUGAUGCGCCAGGCAAGCCAAGGUUUGAAGAAGAGAUUGGUUCAUUUAGCUCUGGAUGACUGUUUUGACCCUGAUGAGGAUAUUUGGCCCUGGGGAGGUGAACCUAUUUAUCGCAACAAUAUCUUUGUUGGCAACACUACAUCAUCAGCCUUUGGACUUACUUUAAAUAAGAUGAUAUGCCUGGGAUUUGUUCGGCACCAUGACGGGAAAAACGUUACUCCUGAAUACAUCUUACAGAAUGCAAAAUUUGAAAUUGAUAUAGCUGGACGGAGGGUAGCUGCCCAUGCUUCACUUCAACCUCCCAAGAUGCCUGUAGUCAGAAUGGAUGGUUUUACUUCAUACAGACCUAAAUCACGAGGAAUUCUCACGCAGAAAUAAAGAUUUUAUCAAACAGUGUACAUACUUAAGCCGCUGAGAGGGUGGGGAAGCCGGGAUAAAUCCUCAGGGCCUGGAAAAGGGGGGAUAUAAAUAGUAAAUAUAUGUGUAAAAGGGGCCCAUAAAUUUAUCUUUACCCGGGGCCCUGGCCAGCUCUCGGGUUUCUUGUCCAUACUUAAACUUGACUAUUUAUGAAUUAAAUUUGUACAGAUAUCAAAAA